AUGUCCCUCUCCCUCCAGCACCCGCAAACUCAGCACGCGCACUCGCACUCGCACUCCACAUUAUCCUCACCCACUACCUCCGAAGCCGCUAGUUCCAGCACGUUCUCUCCUCCAACACCUGCCCUUGAUAAUCCUGACCCUCUGCUCUCUCAUGGCAUGGCCAACUUGAAUUCCAAGGCUUCUGUGGGAGAGUCGAUUCUGCGCCAGUAUGCCCAGCACUUAGAUCCUCUUCAUGCUGGUGAUGAUACCCAUCAUGUUCACCACCUCACAGAGCCUGAUGUUGACACCCUGCACGAGACCGCUUUAAACACCGCCCUCAACCUAGCAAACAGCCCUGUCACUGUCAGCAACUCCUUGUUAAAGUCAUAUACCGCCCAUCAUCCUUCUGUACCUGUCCCUAAACCACUCUAUCUCCCAAAGCCAUACAGAGCCCGUCACAAAAAUACGAAGUCGACCGACAUUCCCAGACAGACCAUUCUGAAGGCGCUGGCUUCUCGCCGGCCCAGCAUGGGACCCAAUACCGCGCCUUUGGGCGCGCCUACUCUCAAGGCUGCACUCCUGGAACCAGAGUCAGAACCACAGAACGAUGGCUCGCCUUCGAUAUGUCAGACAGCCACGGUGGGCGGCUUUAGUUCGAUAUCCGGCUACUCUCCAACCUCGACCAGCUUUCUUCGCUCUCCCUGCUUUUUCCACCAAAGAUUUGAGGGCCUUGUGGACAUCCAGAAGGUGUUGGAAGAAAUUGCAGAAGACGAGUAUUCCCACUCGCGAUUGAUGCAGACCGCGACGGGCGUCCGCGAGGUUUCCAAGCAAUUACAGCGCAAACCUUUAAAGCGCGCUGUGCGCAACAUAAUGAUCGUGACUAAGGCUCGCGACAACAGUCUUGUGCACAUGACUCACGACCUUGCAGAGUGGCUUCUCUCAACGCCGAGGUAUGGAAGCGAUUUGGGUGUCAAUGUCUAUGUCGAUGCCAAGCUACGCCACUCUCAGAGAUUUGACGCCGACGGUUUGCUCAAGAAGGAGCCGCGAUUUCAAAAGAUGUUGAAAUACUGGACUCCUGACUUGUGCUGGUCAUCGCCAGAAAAGUUCGACCUCGUGCUCACUCUUGGCGGCGACGGCACUGUCUUAUUCACCUCUUGGCUAUUUCAGAGAGUUGUACCUCCUGUCUUGUCCUUUUCUCUUGGCAGCUUAGGCUUUCUCACCAAUUUCGAGUUUGACAAGUACAAGGAGCAGCUUGAUCGUGUCAUGGGUGACGCCGGUAUGAGAGUCAAUCUCCGCAUGCGUUUUACCUGCACAGUGUGGAGAGCUGAUCACUCGCCCAAUGCUGAAAAGGGCUCUGUGGAAGAAGGAGAGCAGUUUGAAGUCCUGAAUGAGUUGGUCAUUGACCGUGGCCCAUCGGCAUAUGUUUCGAAUUUGGAACUCUAUGGCGAUGAUGAGCUUCUCACCAUCGUACAGGCAGACGGAUGUAUUUUCUCCACGCCCACGGGAUCAACAGCUUACUCACUCUCUGCCGGUGGAUCUUUGAUACAUCCAUCCAUUCCCGCUAUUCUCCUUACGCCAAUCUGUCCUCAUACCCUUUCUUUCAGGCCAAUGGUCCUUUCAGAUACUCUUGCAUUGCGCAUUGCUGUGCCAGUCAAGUCUCGUUCUUCAGCAUACUGCUCCUUUGAUGGGAAGGGCCGGAUAGAGCUGAAGCGAGGAGACUACGUGACGCUAGAAGCUUCACAAUAUCCUUUCCCCACUGUCAUGACUGGCACCAAUGAGUGGGUUGAGAGCGUUCAACGAGCGCUCAGGUGGAAUGUUAGAGGUGCUGUCCAGAAAGGAUGGGAUGACGGAGAUGAAGAGGACAGCACCAAUGUCGGCGACAAAUGGGACAUCGACAUUGACUCGAGUCCCCUAGGGGGCACAGAUAGCGGCAUUGGCCCUAGCGAGGACGGUGACCAUGCUGCAAGCCCCGUGAAGCGCCAAAUGAGUCUGCUCAAUAUGUAG